AUGACUGCCGCGGGAGUCUCCCCGUCUAGCUCCCCGCGUCUUCCCAGUCCGCCCCCGUUCACGGAGGUCCAGAUCGGUCCUCAGUCGCCUUCGAUUGGCGAGACAUUUGGGAAGGAUGCGGAGCAGCUUCUCGGAGGUGCGGCCCACGAUGAUGAUGGCCCUACGCGCCGUAUCCGCCCGGGUACCAAGGCCGCCGACAUGGCGUUCGGUCCGCCGCUGAUUCCUCUUUCGCAGCUUGAUUCUCCUUUCCAGCUCCAGGAACACCUCAAGGCGCUCUACCAUCAUUUCACCAAGCCUGAAGGAUCAGACACGGUGGUCCCAAUUACCCGCCAAGUCGCAAGUCAGCUCGCAACCCCUCCCGAUGGAGUUGACCGAUCACUCUGGCUCUACGAACUAUGCCGCUUCUUGACCAUGAAAGUGAAUAAUCUCAUCAUCGCCUUUUUCGCCGAGAACCCGCCCUGCUCAGCGCAGACCUGCCCGGAGAUGCGAGCCUCGGAAUGGCAAUACCUUUGCGCUGUCCACGACCCACCUAAAUCAUGCUGUGCUAUCGACUACUGUUGCCAUACCCUCGACUGGGCUACCAAUACCCUUACCUCCCCCAAGUACUUUCCCAGCCGCCUGACGUUAGGCACCGAGGGCUCCGCUGGGCCGCAGGCCAGCAUGCGACACUUGACAAAUAUCUUCCGCCGGCUUUACCGCAUCUUUGCGCACGCUUGGUUCCAACAUCGUGAUGUUUUCUGGACUGUGGAGGGACAUGAUGGGCUUUAUGUCUUCUUCAAGACUGUCUGUGAUGUCUUCGCCCUUAUUCCGGAGGACAACUACACUAUUCCCCAGGAGGCGGAAGGGCCGGAUGCCAUUCAGCCCCAGGUGGAUGAAGCUAUUGACAAUAAGCGGUUGACAAUUCUACGCAAGGAGAAUGAAGGUCCCUUUGGAUCUAGUGUGGAGGGCAUGGAUCCCGCAAUCAGCACCGGUGCUACUACCCGCCGCCACAAGCACAGCCCAUCUACAGGAUCACGAGUGAGCACGAUCACGGAAAGUGCCGAGGACAAUGAUGACUCCCCUCGAAUUUCUGCACCUCUACGAGAAGUCUUGCAGGAGGAAGAUCAGCCUGAACCAGCUGGGAGCACAUUGGCAGAGGAGACAAAGGAGAUCCCUGUCGAAAUUGCAGUGCCAACCGCUGCAGAAGAAACUUCUGAAGAUGCUACCCCGGCUGCAGAGCCGGCUGAGGCAUCUGAGCUUGGACAGCCCGCAGAGGAAGCUCUGACUACGGAUGAAACGCCAGAGGAAGCGGAAGCUGACGCCCAAGACAGCCAAGGCGAAACCAAACCUCAGGAAACUGAGGAUAACGCUCCUACGGAUGAUGUGACCACUACUUCUGUUGCUGAUGACAGUAAAGAAGCUGAGCAGGGGUCCACACCUGAGCCUGAAGCUGCAACUGAGGCUGCAACUGAGCAGAAAGCAGAGUCAUAA